AUGCCAGCCAAUAAUGUUGCAGCACCUGGGAAAAAGAAGGUGCCUGGUGCAAAGUCACAAAAGAAUAUCAAUAAGAGAAAAGAUGAGGAUGAUGACUACGCGGAUUAUGGCUGGGAAGAAAGGGCUCAUGGCAAACUUGUUAAACCUGCUGAUCAGCUGGACCUCACUGAUGCUGAGCUAAAAGAGGAAGUCACAAGGAUUCUGACUGCAAAAAAUCCCCACGCCCCACAAAAUAUUGUCCGAUACAGCUUCAGGGAAGGUGCUUUCAAGCUGACGAGUGGUGUUGAUCAGUUGGCAGUCCAUUUUGUCUUAGAUGGUUGUCUCAUACAUCAGGACUCUGACGAGGCUCGCAGGCUGGCAGCCAGUGAAGAACUCACUGAAGAGACAGCAACACUUGACAAUGAAGCAGAGUCUGACGAGGACAAAUCAGAAAUAUUGGAUGCAUCUGGCGACGGAGGGGAGGAGGAGGAUGUUGGCGAAGAUGACAGACCAGACAGUGUUGCCUCAAAAACAAACACUCAAGAGCCUAAAUGCACAAACCAGUUCAAUUUCAUCGAGAGAGCCUCCCAAACACUCAAUAAUGCACUUCGGGACAGAAGCUGCCAGACGGUACCUCCACCACGCUGCAACUAUUCGGCCACCGCUAGUCAGUGGGAGAUAUAUGAUGCGUACACUGAGGAGUUGCAAAAACAAGAAAUAAAAAAGGAGAAGCAGAGAGCCUUCCAUCCAAAGAAGGAUGGUGACAAAAACAGAAAGAAGAUACUAAAUGAAACUCCGAAUGAUGACGUCACCAAAAUUGCCACUGCAGUCACACUCUUGGAAAGAAUGGUCAAUCAGAAUACAUGUAAUGACAUAGCUCAAGAUUUCAAAUAUUUUGAAGAUGCGGCAGAUGAAUUUCGGGAGCACGAGGGUACUCUACUUCCCUUGUGGAAGUUCCAGUAUGACAAGGCCAAAAUGAUGUGUGUCACAGCACUCUGCUGGAAUGAGAAAUACCCUGACCUUUUUGGUGUAGGGUUGGGCUCUUAUGAUUUCAGCAAGCAGGGUCGUGGGAUGCUUCUCUUCUACACGUUGAAGAACUCUACCUACCCUGAGUAUAUCUUCCCGACGAGUUCUGGAGUCCUGAGCCUUGACAUUCAUAAGCAACAUUCCUACCUGGUGGCGGUCGGUUUCUAUGAUGGCUGUGUUUGUGUAUACAACUUCAAAAAGAAAGGAUUGGUCCCUGAAUACAAGAGCAAUGCCAAAACUGGCAAGCACACAGACCCAGUCUGGCAAGUGCGAUGGCAGAAUGAUGAUAUGGACAAUAACCACUAUUUCUGUUCCGUGUCCUCUGAUGGCCGUGUUGUGUCUUGGACACUCAUUAAGAAUGAGCUGGUCUCCGCUGAUGCUAUCAGGCUAACAAUGGAUGAUACUGUGUCUGACGGCCCAGACGGUAUUCUGGAGCGCAACACUGUUGGAGGUAGAUCCUUUGACUUUCACAAACAGACCGAUUCUCUCUUCAUUGUUGGCACUGAGGAAGGUAAAAUACACAAGUGUUCGAAGAAUUAUUCAAGCCAGUUCCUGGAGACAUAUGCUGCUCACAACAUGGCAGUGGAUUCGGUAAAGUGGAAUCCUUACCACCCAAAGGUUUUCAUCUCUUGCAGCUCGGACUGGACCAUCAAAAUUUGGGACCAUAUGAUCAAUACUCCCAUGCUGACGUUUGAGCUCAAUGCUCCAGUUGGCGAUGUGGCCUGGGCACCAUACUGCUCCACUGUCUUUGCUGCUGUCACCUCAGAAGGAAUGGUUCAUGUUUUUGACCUGAGCAUCAACAAGUAUCAGGCUAUCUGCCAGCAACAAGUGGUUUCAAAAUCUAAAUGCAAACUGACUCACAUUGAGUUCAAUCCUGUCCAUCCCAUCAUCAUCGUGGGGAAUGACAGGGGCUCUGUUUUCAGCCUGAAACUGUCUCCUAACCUGCGCAAGAAACCAAAGGGCAAGAAAGGUCACGAGGUGCCUGAAGGUCCUGAGGUGGAAGUGGCUAAAAUGGAGAAGCUUCUCAGUCUACUGAGGUUCUCAGACCAAAGCAGUCUGAAUUAG